AUGACGAAAUUCCAGGUGAUGCUCGCUGUGGCCGGGCUGGCCUCUCACGCGGCGGCCUUCGUUCCCGUGCCUGCCUCGUGGUGGAGGCCGUCGGCCGUGGCGGCCGCAUACUCGACGUCUGCUGAUAGACACUCCAAGACGAAUCGCGCAAGCUUGGCCAUGAAGAAGGAGCCUGCUGCUGGUGCUCGAGGCGGCAAGGCGGGGGCGAAGGGCGCGGCGGACGAGGCCAUCGACCCCAGGCGGCAGGCCCUGGACGGGGUGCUGCACCAGAUCGAGCGCUGCUACGGGAGGGGGAGCAUUCUCAAGAUGGGCGAUACCACCUCCAUGGACGUCGAGACUUCGUCAACAGGGUCUAUGACCUUGGACAUCGCCCUUGGUGGCGGCUACCCCAGGGGGCGCGUGGUGGAGAUCUACGGCCCGGAGAGCUCGGGCAAGACCACCCUAGCCCUUCACGCUCUCGCCGAGAUCCAGAAGACGGGGGGAGUGGCAGCCUUCAUCGACGCGGAGCAUGCACUCGACCCGGCGUACGCGGACAGGCUCGGGGUUGACGUGGCGGACCUACUCGUCUCGCAGCCGGACUCAGGCGAGAUGGCCCUGGAUGUCGUGGAUCAGCUGGUGCGUUCGAACGCCGUCGACAUGGUAGUGGUUGACAGCGUGGCGGCGCUCGUGCCCCGUGCUGAGCUGGAGGGGGAGAUGGCCGACAUGCAGAUGGGGCUCCAGGCCCGCCUCAUGAGCAAGGCCAUGAGGAAGGUUACCGGUUCUCUCUCCAAGUCGCAGUGCACGGUUGUGUUCCUGAACCAGCUUCGCUCCAAGAUCGGGGUGAUCUACGGCAGCCCGGAGGUUACGAGCGGCGGGAACGCGCUCAAGUAUUACUCUAGCGUCCGGCUGGACGUGCGACGCAAGGAGUCUCUCCGCGACAACGCCGGCAUCACCGUCAAGGUCAAGGUGGCGAAGAACAAGAUAGCGCCACCAUUCCGAGUGGUGGAGAUGGACAUCCUGUUCGGCACUGGCAUCGACACGGUCAGCUGCCUGCUCGACGCGGCGGAGGACGCGGGUUUCUUCACUCGCAAGGGCUCGUGGUACAGCUACGAGGGGAAGAACGUCUCCCAGGGUCGCUUGAACACGGUGGCACACCUUAAGGAGAACCAGGCGUUGAGGGAGACGUUGCAAGACCAGGUCCGUGCUCAUCUAUUGGAGAAGGCGAUCAAAGACCGCGAGGGCGGAGUGGCAGACACCCCCAUCACGGACCUCGAGGAUGACGUGUUUGCGUCGUCGGCAGACGGGGGAGCAGCGGCAGCGGCCCCUGCCGCAAAGCCUCGCCGCCGGACGGCGGGUUCCGUUGAGGAGACCUUGGGCGUUUAA